AUGGCUUCUCGCCGGGUAGGGCAGGCCUCUGUGCAGUCACAGCCUUCAAAGCUUCGCAGAGAUCUUGUCAACGAAAUCCCAGACCUAGUCAGUGGGAUAAUGUUGGGGCAUUUAUCUGCGUGCCAAUCCUACGCGAAAAAGCGAGUAAGAAAGGAAGUUGUGGAGCAAGAAGGAUCCUUACCAAAGGAACGAGUUAAUCGGGACGAUUGCAUUCGUCGUCAAGACUGGCUCGUCGUCCAUCGAUUUCAAAAGAUAAUCGACGAUUUGCCGGAGCAACAAGUCACGCAAUUUGACCCUUCGUUAAGUGCACUCGACGAGAUUUUGAACCUAAACUCCGCCACGCGCCCAUCCUCUGUGCAAAAGAAAGGUGUUUCCUCCAGAGUAAUUCGCGUGAAGAUGCCGGAGACUGCUUCAGUACCCAAGUAUGAUACUUGGAUUCCAGUUCGCGACAACUACUGGGCUGGCAAGCAGCUUCAUGUAGAGCCCUACAUGCCUUUUCUUGGCGAUCAGGAUGACGAUUGCGAACUAGCGUUCGAAGUUUACGAGGAUAUGGCUGAUGAUGCAGGGCAGCAACUGGAUUUGAGCGAUGGGGAAGUUGGAAAAGAUGGAAGAUUCAGUCUGCCGAAGGAUGAUAUUGAAAGAUGUACUUAUUACUCUAUGGCUCAAGCGCGAUGGAGAGAGGGAUGUCGUCAAUCUAUUCUGGCAGUUCUUGAUAAAUUUAAAGGCAAGAAAUUCGAUGAGUCGGUAUGGAGGGUUCUUGCGACUGCACUUGGCGUUAAGGAGACGGGACGUAUUAAAGCAAUUGCGAGAGUUGCUAAGGACCGAAGGCAUGAGAAAAGAUCCGAAAGCGCCCGACAAAAAAAGGAAAAAGAAAUGUCUCGCGCUGUGGCCGAAGCAAAGUCCAUUCCUGUCGAAGAUGAUAUGCCUCUGGAAGAAGAUUGGAGCGCUCGAAUUAACCCUUUGAAGGCCUUUUGUUUUACAUGUCACUGCUUUCCGUGCCCGCAACAUGCUGAUGUCGAUGUGGAGCCUGUCUUGCCAAUAGAAGAUCUCGCUGCCUCAGCAAGAGAGAAGCAGCUGGUUACGGAAAAAGCUUUACCAUGUUCAAAGCACUGUUGGCUUGCAGUUCCUGAAGACACAGAUAUUGAUUUCGAUCAAAACUGGUCUCCCCAAGAGAUUGUCCUGCUGAGAGAAGGAGUACCGAUGUUUGGUAUGGAUCCUUGUUCGCUGUCUGUCAUUCUCGGUUCUCGAACAUGCAUAGAAGUUUCGAUGAAACUGGACGACAAUAUCGAAACAGACAUCGCCUUGCACGAAAUUCAAAAAGCACGGAAACCGCAUCGCGUGGACGCCAACAAGCGAAAACAAAUUAGUUCGCAGGACAAGGACAACAAGAACAACAAUAAGAUAUCUGCUAAGACUGUAGUUGAGAAAGAGACUGAUACUGCUUGCGCGGUGGAUCAAGAUUUCGUGCCAUGUCAUCACAAUGGGCCUUGCACAACAGAAAGUUGUACUUGCGUGAAAAAGGGAAUGUUCUGUGAGACUACAUGCGGCUGCAAUGCCGGAAGGUAUGGAGAAGGGGGACAGACCGGAGGAAUUGUGUGGAUCGAACCUCGUGCUGAGUCGUUAGGCAAUUCCAGUGCUCGAGUCUGCAGGAACCGGCACUUUGGAUGUGCUUGUGAGGAAGGGAGUUGCCAUGAUUCCUUAUGCCCUUGUUGGGAUCAGAACAGAGCCUGCAGCCCAGAUUUCUGCGGGUGCGACUGUACGCUGUUACCGGGACAAAUCUCGCUGUCGAAACGCAAAUGUCGCAACGUUCCAGCAUCGAUUGCGAAGCAUAAAAAGACUUUUGUGGGCACUUCACCCGUUCAUGGGUUUGGACUGUUUGCCGGUGAGCGCUUCGAGGCUGGUGAUCUUGUGGGGGCAUACAGCGGUCAGCUUAUCGACACCCGUCUCGCAGACAUGAUCGGUAGGUUGUAUGAUGCCACUGACCGGACCUAUAUCUUCAACGUCACUGAGUCAUUGGUUAUCGAUGGGGGACUACUGGGAAGCAAGGCUAAGUUUUGCAACCACACGAAGCCAGGAGACAAAGAGAACUGCGCGAGUAAGCUUGUGCGAGUUAGAGGAGAUGCGUACGUGGCGCUGUUUACGAAGAGAGUUGUAGAACCAGGGGAAGAAUUCUUGUUUGACUACAGAUUCACGGGUGAAGUGCCACCUUGGGCGAGAGACGACGACGGCAACGGAAAUGAGUUGAAUUAG